CACCCUGGAUGUUCCUUGAUACUUAUUCGAUGAAACGCGCUUAGGCAGGGCGAACUUCAUUAAAAGGAGCUACUAAAAUGCCUGAAAAGCAUUCAUGAUCAAUGUUACUUACAUUAUUUAAUAUACUGCCUUAACUUAUGGACCUAUGCAUACGUUUUCCUUGCAAGUGCACUCACAUAUACGUUAACGCGUUAAGGCGAUUAGAAUAGCAACAGAUUGAACCCACACCAUAAAUCUAUAAAAAAUGAAUAUAGCAAUAAAGUUUUAGCUUCGUCUGUGUAAAUGUAUUUGGAUUGUGAAUACUGUUGUUAGAUUUAUGAGGGGAUUUCUAUGAUAUGUAUAAUUUAUCAAACUCUGUUUUAAAUUCAGUGAUCACAUACUGAUAUAUAUAACAUUUAUUACAUUUUUAAUUCGAUGAGAUUCAAAAAUUUUACGGAGGUCAAUGAUGAUUUCGCUACAAAAUUCGUUCCAGGCUGUAUUCAUGGUCUCAUUUGCGGCUACCAUUAUUUAUAGUAUUUAUAAUAUGAAUCCAAUGUAUACACAAGUUUCAAAAUCGUCCAAUACAACGGAGCCAAUACAAUAUACUUUUGGAUCAGAGGAAAUUGACGAGAAUAUAAUGGAAUUUAAGAAAAGCCAGAAAAACAUCAGUCAAGUUCCGAAUUUAAUUCUUCAAUACGGAAGACCUCGUACAGCUACGACUCUUCAAUUUCAAAUUGUGUGUUUAAUGAUGGCCAUGCUCCAUGAAGACGAAGCAAACAAUGUUAAUUGUUUCUACAGAACCGGCAAUCGAUUAAAAUAUAACGUAAUAAAAACACAUAAACUUAUGCCAUUUCUUGAUGAAAUACCGCCAGAUUCAUGGAUUUUCAUGACUUCCAGGGAGGCCGACAAAGUGAAAUUGAACGGUGACAAACAGUUGAUAAAGGAUAAGAAUUUUACUGUUCCAUAUAUUGCCGAUGUACGUUUGGUGUCAAAACGAAGUCAUUUCAUUGUUUACGAAUAUCAAAGAAUUUUCGGAUUUUCUGAUGCUAAAAUGGAGAAGAUUGCUGAAUAUUUAAGAUAUUGGGAUGUCCUCAGGGUGUGCUGUGGUAAACAGAUGUCAGCCGAUUGGCGCAAUAAACUUGUUCCUAGUAAAUAUUACGUACCACAUCACGACCCACACAGUCCAACAUAUCCCGCGUGUGAAAUGUACAAUAUCAGUGAAGUUGAGUUGGGAAUGAUAAACACACAUGUUUAUAUGAAACUUUCUAAAGCCGAUUCUUUACGUCGAUUUAUUGGAAAACCUGAAAUGAGUAAUGUGGUAUUAGAUGGUACUUAUUGUUCACGAUGUAACGAAAAUAUUGCCAAGAAGAAAUUAAAGUUUAAUCAGAACUGUGAUUAAACACUUCAUUUGUUUUGUGAAUCGUGCUUCAAUCAUUGUUAUUUAAUGAAAGUUUGUUAUGAAUUUAUCAUUAAUGCCAGUUGUAACUUAUAUUAAGUAAAGAAUAUAAAUAAAACAUGUUUGUAGUAAAUCUUGAAAACACUUA